AUGGCUCACGUGUCUUUGUGUGUCUCGUAUCAGAGUUCUGCACAGACAGCAGUGGAGGACAGUGAGAGGAUCUUUACUGAGAUGAUCCGCUCCAUUGAGAGAAGGCGCUCUGAGGUGACAGAGCUGAUCAGAGCUCAGGAGAAGGCUGAGGUGAGUCGGGCUGAAGAACAUCUGAAGCAACUGGAGUAGGAGAUUGCUGAGCUGAAGAGGAGAGAUGCUGAGCUGGAGCAGCUUUCACACACAGAGGACCACAUCCAUUUCCUCAAGAAAUUCCAGUCAGUGAGCAACACAGCUGAGACUAAACACGUGUCCAGUACCUGUGUUAACCAAAGCCUUUCUUUUGAGGCUGUGGAGAAAUCUGUCUCCUCACUAAAGGGGCAGCUGGAGGAUUUCUGCAAAGAGGAAUUCAUGAAGAUAUCUGCAGCAGUGACUGAAGUCCAGACUAUUUUGCUUUCUGAACCCUCAACCAGAGAGGAAUUCCUACAAUAUUCCUGUGACUUCACAUUGGAUCCCAACACAGCUAAUAGAAACCUCCAUCUGUCUGAGGGGAACAGGAGGGUGGAGUGGAGAGAUGAGCUCCAGUCAUAUGCUGAUCAUCCAGAGAGAUUUGAUAUGAUCCAACAGGUGCUGUGUAGAGAGGGUGUGUCUGGACGUUGCUACUGGGAGGUGGAGUGGAGAGGAAAGGAUGGUAUCGAGAUAGCAGUCUCAUAUAAAAGCAUCAGCAGGAUAGGAGGGGGUGCUGAGUGUGUGUUUGGAUGUAAUGAUCAGUCCUGGAGUCUGAUCCUCCGCAGCUCCAGCUGUUCUUUCUGGCACAAUAGUAAACGGACUGAACUCCCUCUAGUGGCCAGCUCCAGAAUAGGAGUGUAUGUAGAUCACAGGACAGGAACUCUGGCCUUCUAUAGCAUCUCUGACACAAAGAUCCUCCUGCACAGAGUCCAGACCAAAUUCACUCAUAAACUUUAUCCUGGAUUUUGGGUAGGUGAAGGAUCAUCAGUGAAGCUGUUGUGAGUAUUCUCAGUUGGGUAUUGGUCUGGUAUGAGCCAGGCUAGGACCCUGCUGCAGUAGGAGGCAUUAGUGUUUCAGCUUUGGGAACUGGGGUCAGACUCCUCACAAACACAUUGAGGAGAAGGAAGGGUACGUAGUGUAGUGCAACAUAAAAGUCCAAAUUCAGUAAAAUGGUCAGUAGGGUUUUGUA